AUACAAACUCAGAUAUUUCUGAUCAAAUGAUCUGAGCGGCUCCAGGUGCACUUUAGAGCUCUAAAGGACUUCUUAUCAUUUAAGCACAAUACAGCUCAGAGCGUGUGAGUGUCAUGUACCUGCAGGCGCGCAAAGGUUGUGUAUCCUCAGGGUGCUAAACGGCUGGAGCUCCGCCCCUUCACAGGUGUGACACCAGCGGACAGGUAGAGCUCUUCAGCAGAGAUUCACUUCACCCGUCCCAGACACCUGUUACAGAACAAGACCAGACCGAGAGCGACGGUGCUUCUGCUUCAGGACGCGGUGAAAGGAUAAUUGAUGUGUUACUGUAAAAACCAUCAUCCUUCUCUACAAACAAGAUCACCGUAGGACCAUCUAUCACGACUUCUGUGCUUUCUCCGUCGCGAUGAACAUCCCUGCGAAAGAACGCAAACCAAAGAAGCCUCACUACAUCCCUCGUCCUCCGGGCAAGCCCUUCAGAUACCAGUGCUUCCAGUGUCCCUUCACCUGCAACCAGAAAUCACACCUGUUCAACCACAUGAAGCACAACCUGUGCCCCGUCUCCACCUCCAUCAGCUCCAGCGCCGGCGCAGUGGAGGAAAGCAGCGGAGGACGGCCGUCAGAGGAGGAGACAGACCCCCCUGAAACACAGCCAUCUGAACCAACAUCUCCAGACGUCUGUGAGGUAACCACAUCAACUGUGUGUAAACCAGAAGUGCUCCGUCCUCACGGUCCCGGGUCGGUCUGGAGGCCUCCGGUCGAGUUCACACCCACCGCUCUGAACCUCCAAAACAAGACUCAUCUGCAGGAAACAAUGGAGGAUUUCCCGGGGUUUCACUCCCAUGCCGUUCCUGCAGCAUUUUAUCCGCUUUAUCCUCAAUAUCAGCCCUACAUCUACGAGCCCGUCCUGCCUUACGUCCACGGACUGUUUCCUCAGACGUUGCUCCCGAUGCCGGAGUACUUCAGGUACUACUACACAAUCCCGGCUCCCAGCUACGGCCGAUACCAUCCGCUGGAGCAAACUCACCCCUCCUUGUCCUCCGUCCCAUACUCUGUGAUGGACGUCGGUUCUGCGUUUUCAGCGCCGCCGCAACACGAAGGCCUGAAUGUGUCACAUGAUUUUUAUGCGCUCACAAAUGUGAAGGGAAAGGAGGUUCAGGUGAGUCCACAGACGGGACGCUCCGCGGCCGGAUCACCCGACAGACCCCACGCCUCCCACAAACCCCAGCAGCCACCAGAUGAGAGGUGUGCAUUAGAAGCCAGCCAAUCGGAAGAGAGGGGCGGGGCCACACAAGAACAAGAGGACAGGAGUCUCCCAGAGAGGGCAUCAUCUGCAUCCCGAGAGAUGGAAAGAGGGGGGAAUGACAGAUUUGAUGAGGAUACUUUGGUUCCUCUCAACCUCUCCAGGAGAGACAGUCCUCUGAAUCUGGCUACGACAACUCGAUCAGACAGUGGCCUGAUGAAUGAGGGGAUUGUGGGUACCGUAACAUCACAAGAAGACCAUCACUUACCUGUAGAGAAAACAGCCGCGUUCGCUCUCUGUCAGCUGGCUCAGUAUGGCGCUUCAGACCUCAGCAGAAACCCUGAUGCAAAUGUCUGUCAUGAGCAAGAAACAAACCUUCUGACCUCAGUUCGAAGUCCAGCAUCUGAUGCGAGCGAACACAGAGAGUUCACAGAAACAGCUUCCACUGACUCUAAAACAACCGCAGAUGUGAAAUCAGGUAUAUGUGUGGAAAGCUCCGCCCCUUCCGCUGAUGCUGCAGAAGUCUCCGCCCCCUCAUCAAAUAUUCCACAUCAAACACAGACAAAAAGACACGGAAGACAAAACAUGAAGAGAAAACUGACGAGCAGCCGCAGCAAACACAACCUGAGGAAGAGAAUUCGCCGUUAAUGUCAGAAAAUCACCUCGGAAAUCUAAAAUAAAUGAGAGACUACCUUAUAACCAAUAAAGUUUAAAUGUUUCAGGGAAGAUCAGUUCAACUUUCAUGUGAAGCACAGAAUCAUACGGUUUUUAUUGUUUUUAAACACUGUUAACAUGAUUUUUCUUACACUGGUUUGAGGUUUUCAUACUUCCCUGUAAAAUAAACUAAAUGGUCAAACUGA